CCUCCCUGCCAACACUCAGUACCCAUAUAGGAGGCAGGCAGGGCCCAGCCCAGCACAGACCAGUGCCGACUGGAUAUGGGAACUAUGACGCCCACCUGGCAUGCGGCUAUGUUCCUGGGGCUCCUGGUCACCGCUUCCAGCCUGCGCUGCCCGAAAUGCCUGCCCUGGCAGGGGAACUGCCGGGAUGAGGUGGAGACGUGCGCGCCGGGACAGAACACCUGCGUGGUGCAGCAGCUGAGCCUAUCUCCAGUCAUGGACAAUGCCCUGCGGGUGGGCUGCGCAGCUCUGACGACCUGUAAUCUGCUCCCCUCGGACACCGCAGCCGGACUCAGCGGAUCCAGCUUCUGCUGCACCACGGACCUGUGCACUAACGGGAGCUACAUCCGUGACCCAGGUCCUGCCUGGCGUCUCCCGUGUCAGAGCUGCGUGGGAUCUGCCACAACCUGCGGCCCUGACACCCCAACCUUAACCUGCCCUGGCCGCCAGGCCCAGUGUCUGCAGCUGUCCCGGCGCCUGCUGCCUGGGGAACAGGGAGACACUGUGUACAAGGCAUGCGGGUGGCGAGGGCCCUCUGAAGAGCUGAUGGCCAUCGCUGCGGGGCCUGACCUGGCCUAUGUGCACGUGCAGCGCUGCGACAGCGCCGGCUGCAACAACGGCUCCUUUGCUGAGGUGCCUCGGGGGAAGCCCAAUGGGAAGCUCUGCUACAGCUGCAGGGAAAGAGGAGCAGGCGAGUGCAACCGUCAGGAGCUGCCGACCAUGAGCUGUACGGGGGCCAUGGACCAGUGUGUGAAAGUCCAGAGCACAGACGAGAACAACCCGGUAACCCUACUCCGCGGCUGCGCCAGCCCUGACCUCUGCCGCCCCUGGCAGCCCCUGGACCGCCUGCUGCUGCCUUCGAACCGCAAGGUCCAUUGCUGCUCUGAGAGCCACUGCAACCGCGCAGGCCCCCGCUGGGACCCCCUGCCCUCGGUGAUGCUGCCCCUGGCAUUGCUGCUGCUGCUGGGGGGGGCCUGGAGCUGAGCAAGGGGCUGGGCUGGGCUGGGCUGGGCCCCGCUGGAGCCCAUUUGACCACCAGGAGGAGCCUGGUGUCUGAGCUUCAAAUCUUGGGAGCCCAUUCAACUCGCAGGGAACCCAGGUAUCCCACACAUGCCCAGACCCCCCCCUCCCCCCAGCUGCACCAGCCCCUCCCCCUCUCUUUAUGGGCCAAGUGGCCAUGCCUUGACCUCCAAAUAAUGCCCCCCUCCCCUCCAUCUUACCCCCACCGGAGCAACACAGCCUUUGAAAUAUGCCCUGGAAGAGGCAAUUCUGAUUCCCUGCCCUAUAAUCACCCCUCUCCUGCCCUGCUGGUUUCCUAGGGCCAGGUCCUUCCCUCUAACCACCCAUUUCCUCAUUAGCAGACAAGACAUCGACCCCCUUCCUCUGCUAGUGAACACCUGUGGCCAUCAUGGGGGAUGGGGUACAGUAGCAGGGGUUGUCCAGCAGGACCUCCUCCUUCCCAAAGAGUCCCUCUUUUGCUAGUAGCUCGUUGUUAGCACUGUAGUGCACAUCCCCUUUGGGAGCCCCCUUGCAAACAGCAGAGGGGAUUACGGCUGGGGGGAUCUCUGGGAAUUGAUGUAUCUCUAGGCCCAGAUCCCUGCAAGAGCAAUGGGGCACCUGAUUGGUAGGGAUCAGGAUCAAGGUCUGCCAACCGCAAACCUGGUGCUAGGCACUGGACAUACCUCUCAGAUCCAGUGCCUUCCCCCAUAGCGCCGGGCUCUGGACAAAGCCCAUCAUGUCUACUACAUAUCAAUUAAUUAACUAAUUACCUGCACCCAUGGAAUGAGCUGGAUUUUGCGGGAAAUGAUCAUUCCUAGAAAUUCAAAAGAAAUAUUGUUGGUCCUCAGUAGGCAGCUGGGAGAAAGCGAGACUUGUGGUGCUCUGAAUAAAUGUGUUAGGCUGUCAGUGACUCAAUCCUCAAUCCAUGAAUCAAUCAAGAGUCUGAAGGUUGUUGCAAAAGUCACAAUGUACUUGAUGGAUGGGUUAUUUCUAGUGAACAGAUCUUGGCAAUUAAAAUAUAAUUACUGCCAUUGCUACUGUUGCUAUCAUCACUAUUUUUGGUAUUAUUAGCAUAAAUAAUAACAGGAAAAAAAGAAUAAUGAUAAUAAAACCACCACACUAAUAACUGUAA